GUCAAGACAUGUCAUCUGUGCACUCUAUUUUGUAAUAUUUAUUUAUUGUAAAUUGUAACAUAUUAGUCAUCAGCAAAAGGCAAGAGAAAAUCGUCUAUCAGUAUCGGUACCUACGUAGGUUGAACUCGAAACAAUUUAAUUAACGUCAGUAUAUUGAUGAAUAUUUAGUUUUACUGAUCAUUGAUAUAAUCAAUAAACAUCAUUGAGUACCUACUGCCUAAUCAUUAUUUGACAUUUAUUAAGUAAACAAGUGAAUUUAAUCAAAAUGGGCAACCUUAUAUCCAUUAAUUUGGAGGAUCAUUAUAAAAGCAAUGAAAAGUUCCUACAAAGCUUAAACGAAAUAGCGAUUGAGAGACAAAUUCAAUUGCAAAAUCAAAUGGCAGAAAGGCAAAGGGCAACAGCAGUUGCGAGAAGCAGGGAUUUGUUUCUCUGGUUCACAGCAUUUCAUAUUACUGCUGCAACUGGUCUAUUUACUGGGUUCCGAAGGACGAAAAGAGCAUAUUUCUUGAUACCACUUAUCCCACUGACAUUUGUGAAUUUGUAUUAUUGGGAUCUGGCAUAUGGCAACAAGUUGCACAGGAUUAGAAUGGAAGCAGAGCACAUAAUGACUCAUGAAGUGGACAUGCUUAAAGUACCUUGCGGACUUCCAACGCCAUCCUCUAUUGAUCAGGGCAGAGAGGCAGAAGAGGAGACUAAAAAAAUCCAUCCUCCGAUGCCUUAAAUGGAUCAUUCUGACUGCACUUUGAAGGUAAAACAGACCAAAGAUUAAAGCUAAAAAACAAUGUAAUAUCACAAUACAAUUUUAUGUAAUAUCAUGCAUUUAGUAUAGCAAAUUUACAGUGAAGCUUAUUUUAGUUUCCGAUAUCAAAUAAUCAAUAUGAAAAUAAUAGAUCUGCAAAUGUAUUCCUUAUAUUAAUACAGGAUGUCAGUUACAUGUUUAUGCUUGUGAAAAGUAAAAAAGAUAACUCCUUUCAAAGUGCAGGUUGUUAAAAUAAUGCACAAAGAUGUUCACUUGACAGUUUUAAUGACUCCAAAUUAUGGCUCAUUCAAUUUGAAAUUGUGCCUUCAAGGCUUUUAGAAUAGAAUAGGAUUAUUCAAUAUUCGAAUAAAAUUUGAUAUUUAAUUUAUAGAUUAUAUGUACAACCUAUAGUGGUUUGCCUCGGCUUUGCCUGUGGUAGAAUGUAGCAUUUGAUCAUGAUAACCAUGUACAAUGGUGAUAUAUUUUUUAAAUCAAUCCAGUAGUUCCUGAGAUGAGCGCUUUCAAACAAACAAAUUCUUCAGCUUUAUAUUAAUAGUAUAAACAGAAUAUGUUAGUCAUAAUAUUUAAUAUAUACAUGUAUAAAUAACAAUUGUUUGAGUUGAUACUACAUCAGUUAUGUUAAUUGAAUAUUUAUGCAUAAAAUAUUGUUAUACUGUACCAUAACAACGAAAAUUGUGAUAUAAUUGAGGAAAGUUGCCAAGAAAUGCCUAGCUUUUGUGGAUCUAGUAUGAAUUUAAAGCAUCAAACUUUUGUGAUCACAAACAGUAGGUAGUUUGGAUUGAAGGAAUUAUGAUGAAAGAGGAUUCAUUGUUAUUGAAUCGUUUUUUUCUUAAAUUAAUUAUAUCUAGUAAUGAAUAAUCCUGUUAAUAGUAUUUGCUAGUUUGCUUAGUAUUAUUAUAUAAGAUGGAUCUGUACUUUAGAUAUUAUACUUGUAGUACUUAUUUAUAGUUUAUUUUUUUACAAAUUAUUUAAUUAAUGUUUUUUAACAUUUUAGGUGCUUUUAUAUUGAGUUUGUUAAUUGUUUCAUGUGACUAUUAUUUUACAACACAUUUAUAAUAUAUAUAAUGUUAAUUUUGAUUAUUUAUAUGUGUUAAUACUAUUUUUAAACAUAUUUUUAUUAUAUAGUAAGAUUUAUAAAAAAUCAAGUUGUCAACUGAAACACAAUGGAAUCAGCAAUAAAUUAGUCACUAUAAUGUAAUAUGAUUUACUAUAUAAUUAAGUAACAGAUUAUACUAUAUGUACGUUAUAUAUACAUUUAUAAAUAUGACGAAAAUUAAGGUAAAAAAAUUAAUUUCUUACCCUAUGAUAUUAUUGCAUGUCUGAAAUACUUACAUGGAUCAUACUUAAUUCUGAAAUUCAUAAUGGGAUCUGAAUAUUUAGUAAAUACAUAUUUACUGUUGAGUUUUAUUCUUUUGGCAAGAUUUUUUGGUAGUUGGCGAGUUUGGAUAAAGAAUAUACGUCAUGCAAGCUUGUUAAUUCUAGGUUAUUAAUUGGAUAUUGAGUUCAUUACCUACUAACCCUUAGUUGGUGCCUGCCAUGUGGUCCCAUUUAAAUUUGGUGCAGUUCUGACAAUUUAAAGGCGUUUAUAAUUUUUUUUCUUAAUAAUUAUAAAAAGAAUUAUUGUUUAGGGACUACCACCAAUUCAAUUAUAACUAAUAUCUAGAGUCUAGAGUCUAGACUAUUAAGGUUAUCUAACCAAUGAUACAAUUCUUAUUAAAUAGAAUUAGCAUAUCAUGCUGAAUGUAUAACAUAUUUGUGGCUACUUUUUUUAUAAUUUAUUUAUAAAAGAUUUAUGUCCUAAAUCUAGGAUUUCUCAUUAUUGCAUCAACUCUAUGUAUGUCCAAUAUUUAUACUAUAAGAUAGGAUGUACUUUUUGAUAACAGUUGUACUUAAUACAUUGUUAUUAUUACAGUUUUUACACAAUGUUUUUUUUUCAAUGGUGAAUCGAUAAAUAGUAUAUAUAAUGUUGUUUUUUUAAUCAAAAUGAAUAUUAGUUUGAAAUAUUUGAUUCAAAAUAUAAAAGUAAGGUUAUAAUUAUUGAAGUGUUAAAGUUACCAUUUUUAAUUAAGAAACUUUACUGUUAUUCUGUGAUCGCGUAGUUAUAUGUACCGUCUACACAGAGCCAAUAUAUAACAAUAAUUUGCAAGUUCAAUGAAUACAUAAAAAUGUUUAUCAACGUGACCAUGCAGUAGAAAAAAUAUGUCCCGUUAUUCUAGUAAGAAAUAAAUAAUGUUUUCGCGCUUCGAAAUUCGAAUUCGAAUGUACGAAUUUUUAUAUAAGCAUUCCGCUUCAAACUUGAUACAUGGUGAUGCUAGUUUUAAAAUUUGUUGCCCGUUGAUCCGUCGUUGUUGGCUCAGUGUGGACACCAUUAGUAUAAGCUCGGUAGUGGCAAAUUAAAUUAAGAACUCCAAUUAAUAAUCCCUACAUUUCAUAUUCUCAUUUUAAUAUUUAGCAUUGAAUGCUUUUACCUAUAUUACAGUAUUAUUAUUUUAGUAUUUAAGAGGGUUACUGUCAAUAAAUCUUUAAAAA